AAUUGAUCUCUCGUUGCUGCUGCAGUUGCGUCGCUGCUAGCUGUCAGUCCAGUAGUGCGGCGGUGACAGCUGAAAAUAUUGAUUCGUCCUUUGUUGUGCGCCCGAUACAAGCGACAAAAUGUUCGAGGAGGCUAGUGAGGUGUUUGAUAACAUGUUUAAAUCCUCCUUUCCCUUGACCUUCAUUGUGUUCAUCCCCGCCGUGCUCAUCCUGGUGUCCCCGCUCCCAGCCGAGGCGGCACAUGAAUUCACGGUGUACCGCAUGCAGCAGUACGACCUGCAGGGGCAGCCCUACGGUACCAGGAAUGCCAUCUUGAACACCGAGGCCCGUACUGUGGAGGCAGAGGUACUAAGUCGUCGCUGUGUUAUCAUGCGGCUGGCAGACUUCUCCUACGACAAGUACCAGAAAGCCCUACGCCAGUCCGCGGGGGCCGUGGUGAUCAUCCUGCCUAAGAACAUGUCUGCUAUGCCCCAGGACAUAGUACAGCAGUUCAUGGAGCUGGAGCCGGAGAUGCUGGCUACCGAGACCAUCGUCCCAGUCUACUUUGCCAUGGAGGACGAUGAGCUUCUGUCCAUCUACAUGCAAACUCAGACAUCCUCCUCCUCCCAGGGGUCAUCCUCAGCUGCUGAAGUGCUGCUGCAUACAGCCACAGCUAACGGCUUUCAGAUGGUCACCAGUGGGAGCCAGAGCAAAGCUAUCAGCGACUGGGCCAUCACUAGUCUAGAGGGUCGCCUGGCUGGAGUUGGUGGAGAAGAUCUGCCCACUAUUGUGCUGGUGGCUCACUAUGACUCCUUCGGUGUAGCUCCGUGGCUGUCGUAUGGCGCAGACUCAAACGGGAGCGGAGUGUCCAUGUUGUUGGAGCUGGCUCGUCUCUUUUCUAGACUAUACACCUAUAAAAGGACGCAUGCCGGGUACAACCUGCUGUUCUUUGUAUCUGGAGGAGGGAAGUUCAACUACCAGGGCACCAAACGUUGGCUGGAGGACAAUCUGGACCACACAGACUCCAGUCUGUUGCAGGACAACGUAGCCUUCGUAUUGUGCCUGGACACUCUGGGAAAUGGAGAUGCUCUGCACCUCCACGUGUCCAAGCCUCCUAAAGAGGGAACUCCUCAGCAUUCUUUACUCAAGGAGCUGGAGACGGUGGUUACUAGCCAGUACCCAGAGGUCAAGUUCUCCAUGGUCCACAAGAAAAUCAACCUGGCCGAUGACACUCUGGCCUGGGAGCACGAGCGCUUUGGGAUCCGCCGGCUGCCAGCCUUCACUUUGUCCCACCUGCCCUCGCACCGCCUGGCGCAGCGCUCCAGCAUCAUGGACGUGCGGUCAGUGUCCCCCUCCUCUCGCUCUGGAGCGGGAGAGCCCCCUGCUGGGCCUCAUGUCGACUUGAAGAAGCUUAGCAGGAACACCAAAGUGGUAGCAGAAGCACUAGCAAGGGUCAUCUACAACCUCACUGAAAAGGGAGCCCCUGGAGAUUUACAGAUCUUCACUGAACAAAUGCAAGUGCAGGAGGAGCAGCUGUCGUCGGUGGUGGACUGGCUCACGGCGCAGCCCCGAGCCGCCCAGCUGGUGGACAAGGACAGCAGCGUGGUGUCCACUCUGGAGUAUCACCUCGCACGCCACCUCAAGGACGUCAAGCGGCACUACGUCAAAGCUGACAAGAGGGAUCCAGAGUUUGUGUUCUACGACCAGCUCAAACAGACUAUGAACGCUUACAGAGUGAAGCCUGCUAUUUUUGACCUGCUGCUGGCUGUCUGCAUUGCAGCCUACUUGGGAGUGAUGUAUCUGGCUAUCCAGAACUUCGGCGUCCUCUACAGUGUUGUCCGCAGAAUCACCCAACCCAAGACCAAGACCCACUGAGCCACAACAAACUCCUCUCUAACCCUAACCCACACUUUCUUCCUCAGAUCACGAAGCUCUAGCCAGUAAGAAUGCAGAGGCUGGACCGAGCACCUGUUUUUCAUGUGCGAUGUUUUUUUUCAAAUCAGCCAAAUCACUCUCCCCUUCGCCUUCCUCCUGAACACACAACAUCAGAGCCUCUCUUUAUCCGUUCGGUGCUCUAGUCAGGAUUAAUUUUUCGGUCUGCCUGUCCCCAUGAACAAAAAUGUCUUGUCAUUUGUUCUAAUUAUCACAAAUUAAACUCAAGUCUAGCUGCCAGUUACUGAGGCUUUGUCAGAUCAGAUCCAUUGAGUACAGGAGCAGAGAAAGCCCUUGUGAAAUGUGGAAAUAUUCCUAGCACAAAAACUGCAUUACAAUAUUUAUUAUUAAAGUAUAUGGCUGAACUUAGCCAAACCUCCUGAGAUCUAAAUGAGUUUUAAGUAGCGAGGGCUUCCUGUUGCUGUACCCAUCAAUCUCUCUUCAUUCCUCUUCUCAGCUUGCAGGUGAUUAUUCUGCCAAAUUGAUCGGGGCUGGUCACUUGUUGUCUUGGGCAGCUACAUGGAGAUUUGACCAGACUUUUACUUGGAACCUAUUAGGAAGAGUUGCAUUAAAUAACAAACCCCUGUCGUCUUUAAGUGCUGAAUGAAAAUGAUUCCUCUCACACCCCCAAAUAUUUGACAUUUACGUAAAAGAUGAGCCGUCAAAUGAAAUGUGAAGUAGUGUGUAGAUAACCCAAUUCCAUUGCCUUCUUAAUGAAUUCUGAGAUGUUAAUGAGUUGAAUGGGGAAAAAAAAUUCCCUGUCACUGUAUGUGUGAAUCCUCCCCAAUCACUCCACUGAAUACGGUGAAUAUGGUGAAAGAAAUUCAGCAAACAGAUUUCAAAUCGGUCAGUCUUGUUUUUCGUGUCACUUUUUUGUAGUCACCUUUUGUUUACUGUUGCUUGUCUUGUCGUGUCUUAUUUUUAAUUUCUCAAAGUCUUUUUUACCUAAUAAAUUGACAAAAAAAUCGACGCUGGUGGAAAAACACUGAUCCGAAAUCAAUCUUCCAAUGUAAGCCAAUAGGUCACUUUCCACAUAUGUGGUUCUUGGCUUUAUCAGAGCAUGUGUUUUGUGUAAGAGCGACAUGCCAGCACAUUUUAACAUGAUGAAAUCCCGCCCUUUACUCCUUUUUAUCCGCAGAGACAAGAGCCAUGUUGCGUUGAAUGUGACCUUUUGUGGGAGUUGGCAAAAGUGCAAUCUGUCUUCAUCUUAAAUCUUAAAUUUUUAGCAGUGUAAUGAGACUUUUGUCAAGCCAGCAUUGCAGUAUUUACAUAGUGGCUGUGAUGUGAUGGUCAGGGACACAAAGGUGUUGGGCUAAAUGGGGGAAAAUAUUACUAUGAGUAUUACACAAUUUUUAAAUCCACUAUAUAUUUAGAAUCCAAUGGCACGUAUACUGCAAUGAAGUCUUGAUCAAAUCUCUCACCCUCAUGCCUUGUAGAGAGCAAGUUGUACUUGUUUUCUGUAAUGUGUACUCCAUGUGUUACUGGGUGACCUUUGACCCCACCCCACCACCAUGAUCACUAUGACAAGACUGGCUAAUUUAAGGGAAAUACUGUGUGGUACAUAUGGAAUUUAAUUUAUUGAAGCAGACUCUGCUUAUCUGUGCACUGAACUCUCCUCUGCGCCCUAAACUCCUUUCACCUCAUCCACAACACUUGAUGUUCACACUGAAAAUGACAUCAGUUAUAAAUAAAAUAAAUAAAUAAAUGAAAUUGUCAAAAAAAAAAAAAAAAAA